AUGUCAGAAUCUCCUGAUAAGAAGAUGAAACCCACUGAAGAUCUGCAUGAAGAUACGGUUGAGCAUAUACUAUCAACCUUCCUUCCCAUUCAGUCCUUUUUACGAAGCCGCAUGGUGUCCAAAAGAUUCAGGAACACAGAGAUUCGAUGCAAAGACCUUGAUUUCAGCGGAUUAUAUUCAGUGAGGCGAAGACAGUUAAAAGUUGUACAAAUCAUCGAAAGUGUUUUUAAUCAGCACAAAGGAUCAGAGAUCAACCGAUUUGUUCUCAUUAUCAACCAUACUGGCGUGGAGGAUAAGAUACUUUCGUGGAUCAAUACGUGUCUAGUGACAAAAGAUAUGAUAGAUGCAAUAUUCAAAAACUGCAUCUACCUUGAGACGCUUGAACUAAUCAAAUGCGGAAUGAACGAGGUAUUGAGCAUCAAUGCUCGGAAUCAUAAGAAGUUUAAAUCGCUGGUCGUGUAUUCUAUGCCAAAGGUCUGGCACAUCGUUUUGGAUGCACCAACUCUUGAAUGCUACAAAUAUGAUGGACCUGUCAGAGCUCCAACAAUUUGCUCUCUGUUUGACAUUGCUGAGUUCCUCAAACAAUGCCCCAAACUUGAAAAGGUUUUGAUCGAUAUAAGUGAUUUCACAUUUGAACCUACUGGUUACUGGGAUCUUCAUCUGAAGGUUGGUAUUCAGAAGGACUACAAAGAAUAUGACUUAACGUCUAUCAAAGAAGUCGAGAUCAAUGGCUACAAAAGCCACUGGCAUGAGCUUGAUAUAGUGGAGUUCUUUGUCUUGAAUGCACGAUCUCUAGAGCAUUUGAUUUUGAAGUCUCCUAGAAACCGAAAGUCCAAACGAUUUCAAACCGAUGAGAGAAGGAUGAGUUACAUCAAAAGCAUAUCUCCAAAGAAAUAUCUCAUAAAGUUUAUCAAAGGUUAA